CCCUGUGGAGGGACGAAGGCCCCCAAGAUGGCGAUGCUGGCGGAGCCCCGGAGGAAGCAGAAAUGGUCUGUGGAUCCACGAAACAGCGCUUGGAGUAAAGAUGACUCUAAAUUUGGCCAGAAGAUGCUGGAAAAGAUGGGCUGGUCCAAAGGAAAGGGUCUUGGGGCUCAGGAACAAGGAAAUCCAGAACACAUCAGGGUGAAGGUGAAAAACAACAUGCUGGGAUUAGGAGCAAACAUCAACAACGAGGACAACUGGAUUGCUCAUCAGGAUGACUUCAACCAGCUCCUGGCUGAACUGAAUAGUUGCCAUGGACAGGGUGAAACAGAGCCCUCAGCGAAAAAUCAGAAAAAGACAUUCAGCCUAGAAGAAAAAUCCAAAUCUUCCAAGAAACGUGUCCAUUAUAUGAAGUUUGCCAAAGGUAAGGACCUCUCAUCCUGCAGUGAACAUGAUCUGUCCUGCAUAUUUGGGAGGAGACAGAAGAGUGGGAAGAUACAGGAGGAUAUUACUGAUCCUGAGUCUCAGGAAGACAAGGAGAGGAAGGACUGGCUCUCUGAUCCCGCAGAUGGUUCCAAUACAGUGAAGAGCGUUCUCACCGUGCAGGAAUAUUUUGCCAAGCACAUGGCAAAGCUGAAAGGAUCCCAGAAGGAACCUGAAACAAAGGUGGAUAAUUCCAGCCCAACAGCUGAUGAAGCUUUGGAUCCUGUGGAAGAGCUGGAAACCAAAGUGAAGAAGAAAAAGAAGAAGCAGAAGAGAGAUGAGGAGGCAGAAAGGACAGAGCAUUGCGAGAAACAGCCUGAGACAGGUGGUUUGGAUGGGGAGGAACUGGAUACUCCAUUAAAUGAAUGUCACAGAGGGAAAAAGAAGAAGAAACAUAAAGAGCAGCACGAAGGGGAAAACGCCAGUUGUGAUGAAAAUAGGGGCCAUGGAGAAAUUUAUGUGGGAACAGCUGAUGAGGAGGAUCUCGGUGUAAAGGACCAGGAGGAAAAGCAGAAGAAACGCCAUAAGAAGAAACACAAAAGGCAAAAAGAGGAGGUGGAGGAGUGUGUAGAAGGAGGCCCCAGGAAGAAAAAGAAGCACUGCAAGCACAUUUAACCAUUUCAGAGUCAUGCUGGGGCUCUGAGGUGAAUUAGAGGAGGACUCUGUGUAAGCUUAGCAGCAAAGACAUUGUGUCCCAGGAUAGAACACGGUGCUCCACCUCCAGCUGGGACCACGGCCUGGGUUCAAGUGUCUCUUCCAAAGGAGAACGUGGUGAUGGGCCAACAUGAGCUUCAGUGCCAUGUUAGAAAGGGAUCUAGCACAUGGUUCAGACUGUGAAAGGCAGGGAACUAUUUUCUGCUGCUUCACACUGACUGUGUUUUUCCCAAUCCAGGAAAAAAUAACAAAAAAAGUCACCAAACUACUACCUUUUUUAAUAAAGUUGUUUUCAACUGUGAGAGCCCAGCUCUGCUUCUGGAAACAGGAGGGAGUUUGCAAAGCUGUUUGUAUUUUUGCAAAGUGGUGCCUAAUUUUUUCAUUGAUCUCCUUUUACAACUAAAAUAAAUGUUGUUUCUUCCCAAAAUACUUACCCUGAGUAAAGGUUUACAGCUGAGUGUCAGUACUAGAGGAUGAAAUAAAAAUGCCUCCCUGUGUUUUCA